AUGAUUUAGAGAAAGUGUGGAAAUGGAGGUCUGCCUUGUUUGAAGCUGCUAGUUGUCAUCAGCAUGGCUUUUCCAAGAUGGAAACGAAUUUGGGUUUAUUGAAAGGAUUGUUGAAGCCGCGUAUGCUAUGCUUCCUCCUAAACCAUACCACAACACAGAGCACAUGGUUGGACUUGAAUCUCGGGUAGAAGAAGUGAUCUCGCUUCUUAAUGAAUCUGGCGUUUGCAUGUUGGGAAUUCAUGGAACUGGUGGAAUUGGCAAAACAACCCUUGCAAAAGCUGUGUAUAAUUCAAUCUUCUACCAAUUUGAAGGUGCAUGUUUCUUGUUUGAUGUCGGAGAAGCAUCAAAGAAGUUCCGUGGUAUUGUUCAUCUUCAACGAAAACUUUUGUCUGAUAUUCUUGAGGAAAGGAUCAGGGAUUUUGGCAGUGCUGAUGAAGGAAUAUCUAAAAUAAAACACAGACUGUCUCAUAGAAGAGUUUUGUUGGUUCUUGAUGAUGUUGAUGGGAUUGAACAGUUAGAACGACUUGCAGGAGGGUGUGAUUGGUUUGGUUGUGGAAGCAAGGUCAUUAUAACAACAAGAGAUAAGCAAUUGCUAAUUGCCCAUAAUGUUGAAAGGACAUAUGAAUUGAUGCAGCUAAAUGAUCAUGACUCUCUUGAACUCUUUUGUUGGCAUGCCUUUCAUAUGAGCCUACCUCCAAAAGGCUAUCAACAUAUGUCUAGUCAUGUGAUAAGUUAUGCAGAUGGCCUUCCUCUAGCUUUAAAAUUAAUUGGUGCCAAUUUAAAAAAUAAAAAUUUAAAAGAAUGGAGGUCUAUAUUGGAACAAUAUGAUCGUAUCCCAGAAAGAACAAUACAUGAAGUACUGAAGAUAAGCUACGACUACUUGCAAGAUGGUGCGAAGAUUAUUUUCUUAGAUAUUGCUUGUUUCUUUGGAGAGGAGAUGUUGGAUUCUAUUGAUGAAAUAGUAGAAGCUUGUGAUUAUGGUGCAAGGUUUUAUAUUGAAGUGCUUCUUGAUAAAUCUCUUUUAGCUAUUACUGAAAAUGGCCACUUGUACAUGCAUGGUCUGAUAAGACAAAUGGGUAGAGAGAUUGUUAGGAAGGAAGCACCAUCAAAUCCUGGCAACCGUAGUAGAUUAUGGAGUUAUAAAGAUGUUCUUAAAGUAUUAUAUGAAAAUUCAGGAAGUAAUAAUAUUGAAGGAAUAAUGUUUGAUCCACCACAACCAGAAGAAGUGGAGUCCAGUGGUAUAGCCUUUGAGAAGAUGAUUAAUCUUAGAAUUCUCAUUAUUCGAAAGGCUCAAUUUUCCAGUGGCCCUAAAUAUCUUCCCAAUAGUUUGAGAUGGCUUGAAUGGGAUGGAUAUCCUUCUACAAAUUUACCACCAAAUUUUUCUCCAAACAAAUUAGUUUUCUUCAAGUUAUGUCACAGUCAUUUCAGGCUGGAAGAGCCAUUCAAGAUGUUGGUGGAUGUGUCAACCUUACAAGCUUUCCACAUGAAAUCAAUAUGCCAUCUCUUGAAGAGCUUAGUCUCAAUCACUGCAAGUGUCUUGACUACUUCCCACAUAUAGUUGGAAAGAUGGAUGCAUUAACGGAUAUUUGGGCUAAAGACACUUCUAUUAAGGAGCUCCCGCCUUCCAUUGGGAAUCUUGUGGGGCUUGAAUGUUUAAAUUUAAGCUAUUGCAAAAGACUUGGGGAGCUUCCAAACAGCAUAUUCACAUUGCAAAAUCUUAGCUGGCUUGAUUUGGAAGGCAUUCAACUUAAUAGCAGAAAGUCUUCAAAGAAAUUAAUGCAAGAGAGCCAACCUAUUAUUAGCUGUACAAACGUGAAGUUCUUGACGCUCAGAAAUUGUUGUCUAUUGGAUGAAGACAUUCACCUAACUUUCAAUCUUUUCCAGAAUUUGAUCGAGUUAAAUCUAUCCGGGAAUGAUUUUGUGUCCCUUCCUGAGUGCCUUAAAGAGUGUGAUCAGUUGUGGAGAUUAGAUGUGAAUAGCUGCAAGAGGCUGAGAGACAUACCAGAGUUACCACCAAACUUGCUGAAAAUGGGGGCAGAGGAUUGCAUUUCAUUAACUACGGAGUCAUUAGGCCAUUUAUGGUCUCUGGCUUUUCUGGUAGAAAAGGAGUUAAUGGACAUGAGCGCCAUUUUCCCAGCAACAUCAUUUCCUAACUGGUUCCACAAUUGGUGUGAAGGAGGGAAAAUGUCUUUUCUUACUCGUAGGAAUUUCCCUCCUCUUGCCUUUGCCUUUGAGUUGGGGAAAGCCAAUAAGAGUACGAGACAAUGCUUCUUCCAUUUUUCUCUGACCAUCAAUGGUCGUGUAAUCGAAAGGAGAUAUGAUGGUAUCUCAGUUGCACCAGGUCAUAUAUCUUUAUUUAAUCUAGGAGUGGCUUUUUCGCGAGAAGACUGGAGGCGACUUCAAAGGUCAUGAAAUUGGAUUGGAAUGAUGUGGAGAUACAAGUCAUUUGUUCAGUUUCAGAGAUACCUGUGGUUAAGUGUGGAGUUUAUGUGUACCCACAUGAAACAAACAUGGAGAAUAUCCAAUUCAAGUCUCCUUUGGCUUCCAUAAAUGCUCCAUCAACUUCACUGAAAAGAAGAGCCAUAACUUCUCCUCCUAAUGAACCCUAUAAGAAGUUCCUGAGGAAGUUAAAGGUUGCUGAUAAAGGAAAACUUGAUAAAACAAAGAAAGCUUCAAGGAGAAAUAAACGACGCCAUUUUUUUCAUGCGCUUUGCAAGAGAAGAAGGAUGGUUUUUCCAAUGGGUAAGCAUGUUUGGAGAUUUCUGAACUAUUAAACAAUACAGUUGCUAGAGGCCCCUCAAAAGAUGAGAUGACGCCUCCAAGUUGUUACGGAUCCGGAUGCAAACUUGAUUGUUUAAUCUGCAAGAGGUUGUUUGCUGGGGGAAAAAAAAAUUGGCGAGAGAUUAAAAGCUGUAUAUGUACAAUAAUCAUGCUAUGAAUUUUUUCCCCCCUUUUGUUACAAUUACAAUCAUAACUCUUGACAUAAGAUCUUUUUGUUUUUUUGGUGGAUAAACUCUCGAAAUAGGAUCUGAAUGUAAGGCUCAUAAUCAAGGUCUUCUGGAUUAUGUUAA